AUGGAAGAUAUUGAUAGGAAAUUAAUUAUUGGCUUCGGAGUGAUAAUUGGUAUAUUGGUUAUCACGGUAGUGAUUAUUUCUAUAUAUUCAAGGAAGAAAGACAAUGUUACGAUUAAAUUGAAAGAUAUAUUAGGCAAAUUAUGCGAAGGCCAGUUGAAAAUUUCUGACACUGACUUUAAAAGAAUCAAGAUAUUCGAAAGAGACCGUCGAAUUUACCUCACCAAAUCAUCAUUAGAGUGGAAAGAUAACUCAGGCAUAUUUAGUGAAGUCUGUAAUUUCGCAGUGCGUCUUCUUAUAUUCUACCAUCAUAACCCUGCGGUAGGAAUUUAUAUGACUGUCGCAAACGAUAUAGUUCGCAAAAUAAACGACCUUGUUCUUCAGCCGCAUAACUACAAUAUUAUAAGAAAUUCACAGGGUACUAAUUGGAUAGUAUUCGUUAAUUUAUUAAGACUGUUGAAUACCUUUGAGUAUUUAGCUGAUGAAGAUUUUUUAAUCUCUAAAAAAAUUUGUCAUGAGCAAAUACUCGAGCUUGUACCAGGGUGUACGAAACUUUAUUUGGAGGAAUCGGUACGUGAUGAAAAAGCUAUUUACUCGACAACGGCAAGGUUGCUCACAAAUUUCUUAUUUAAUAAAGAACUAUACAAAGCAGAUAUUGAGAACAACAAAGCUCUGAAAAUUUUGAAAGAUAAUUUUGAUAUUCUGGAAAAAUCAAAGGACAAAAAAUUUGUUUGCUACGAUACUUAUAAAUCUUUGUAUAAUGUUUUCCGUUCGUUGAAUUAA